CAUUGGGCGGAAGCGGCGGUGGGGAACAUGGCGGCGCCGCGGGAGCCGAUCGGUGAGGCAGAAUUCGCGCGGCGAAUCGACCCCGCACGGGAGCCGGGGCUCAGCCCUCAGCAGCGCCAGCAUAUGGCACAAGUGGAGCGCGCCCAGCGGCAGCGCGCUCUGCAGCGGCGGCUCCGCAGCCGAAACUUGCUGCUGGCGCUCGGUAUCGGCGCAGUGACGUUGGGCAUCUACGGCUACACUUUCUACUCGGUGUCACAGGAGCGGUUCCUGGACGAGUUGGAGCAGGAGGCGGAGGCGGCGCGGGCGCGGGCCCGGGCGCGGGCCGAGAGCGCAGCGAGCUGAGCACGGAGGGCCCGCCCCAGCCCCGGUAAACCCCGCGAGUGGACUGCAGCCCCCGAGCCUGGAGCAUGGAGCAGCUACCCUCGCAGGGGUCUGGGCCUGCACGGCGCUCAGUGCGGUCCGGGGACACGCAGUGGCGGAGCUCCCCUGCAGGCAGAGCUCCCUCUGGUGCAGGCAGCUGCCUUCUGCAGACCUGACGCAGCCGCUGUCAGGGACCUGCCCCUGGAAGGGGCAGGGGUGCCUGUCCCUUCCCACAAUAAAUGUUCUGUCUGGAGACUGUGUCAGUGCCUGCUCUUAGAGCAGCUAGUUCCAGAGACCAGUUCAGGCCCUCCCCACCACUCAGCUGCCUGCUGAGGUGGAGCAAUUCUUCAUUUUCACU